AUGGCAACGCACAGCUCCAAGUGCUACGUGCCGGACGAGACGUUUGUGUGGCUGCCAGCGCAGAUCCUGCGCGAGAUCCAGAGUCAUGACCCGAAGCAGCCGGAGCGAACGAUCGUGCUGCGCGUGUACCCCCCUCCAGGCGACAGCGGUGCGUCUGUAGCGCCGGAAGAGCGCGUGUUAGACUUCAAUGACCGUAAAGUCCAGGCCAUGCUCAAGACAAUGCAGCUUGAGUCGCUGUUGCCGUAUCAGAACGAGAACUUGGGUCCGGAGGGAAUUGAAGACAUGACGGCGCUCAAUUAUCUCCAUGAAGCAGCGAUCCUGUACAACGUCAAGAAGCGGUUCUUGCAAAAGUUGCCAUAUACUUAUACAGGGGAUAUUUGCAUUGCGGUGAAUCCGUACCAGUGGCUACCGGAGCUCUAUUCGGAGCAGACGCAGUCGCAGUACUUGACCAAGUCACGAGAUGAACUGCCCCCUCAUGUGUACGCGACGUCGAUGGCGUCGUAUAAGGACAUGAAACUCCAUGCUGUGAACCAGAGUAUUCUAGUUAGUGGUGAAUCUGGUGCUGGAAAGACCGAGACGACAAAGGUGCUGAUGAAUCAUCUAGCAUCCAUUGCAGGAGGGCUGAAUGACUACACGAUCAAAAAGAUCAUUGAAGUUAAUCCGCUGCUUGAGUCGUUUGGGAACGCCAAGACUGUGCGAAACGACAAUAGUAGUCGAUUUGGGAAGUUCACGCAGCUUCAAUUUGACAGUGACGGCACUUUGGUGGGAGCUAGAUGCAGAACGUACUUGCUGGAAAAGACUCGCGUGAUUUCGCACGAAAUAGCCGAGCGAAACUACCAUAUUUUCUACCAGCUCUUGUCUGCAAGAGACUGUAAAGAGCGGUGGUUUCUGGAUGAUGCAAACGAGUGCUAUGCAUACACGGGUGCACACAAGAUCAGCACGUCUGAGGGUAUGUCGGAUGCCAAACACUUUGAACGCACGAAAACGGCACUUGGACUUAUUGGUGUGUCGGAGAAGCAGCAAGAGUGUCUGUUCGAGGUGCUUGCAGGCAUAGUGCAUCUUGGACAGCUGAAAAUUCGAUCAAAGAAUGGCAACGAAGAGUCGGAAAUCGUACCGAACGACCAAGGCGCAAAGAAUGCGACCAAUCUGUUGGGCAUUUUGACAAAAGAUCUAGAGAAAGCUUUGUGCUCCCGGCAGAUUGCAGUUGCUGGAGAUACAGUGACUGCUUUUUUGAAAAGAGACCAAGCAGAGGAGUGUGCUGGCGCGCUUGCCAAGGCAAUUUACUCGAACGUAUUCGACUGGCUGGUAGAGACGAUCAAUACGUCCUUGGAGAAUGAUACGCAAAUGUGCUACCAUGUGGGCAUUCUCGACAUCUUUGGCUUUGAGCACUUCAAGCAUAACUCGUUUGAGCAGUUCUGCAUCAAUUACGCAAAUGAGAAACUUCAGCAGAAAUUUACGCAGGACGUCUUUAAAACCGUUCAACAUGAGUACGAAGCCGAAGGUAUCGUUUGGAGCCAUAUCGAUUUUGCAGAUAACCAAGAUGUCAUCUCGGUGAUUGAAGACCGUCUUGGUAUUAUAUCGCUGCUCAAUGACGAAGUGAUGCGCCCUAAGGGUAACGACGAGUCGCUGGUGUCGAAGCUUUCCACAAUUCACAAAGAUGAGCAGGAUGUGAUUGAGUUUCCUCGCACCUCUCGCACACAGUUUACUAUCAAGCACUAUGCUGGAGCAGUGACGUACGAAUCACUGGGGUUUCUUGAUAAGCACAAGGACGCUCUUCUCCCUGAUUUGUCCGACUUGAUUCGGGGAUCCUCAAAGCAGUUUUUGCGGACAAUAUUUACCGAAAAGAAUGACGAUCCGGUUACCUCGCGAAAGAAGAGUAGUUGCGGUACUCGAAACGGUCGGGUUUCGAGAGGCGCUUUAGCGGUAGCAAAUGUCGGCACCCAAUUCAAGGACAACCUAAAUGAGCUCAUGUCUAGCAUUCGUGAAACAAAGGUGCACUACGUGCGUUGUGUAAAGCCAAACCAUAACAAGAGUCCGAACGAAAUGAAUCAGCCGAUGGUGGUAUCGCAACUGCGUUGCGCUGGCGUGAUCGAGGCAAUCCGCAUUUCGCGUGUUGCAUACCCAAACCGACUGUUGUUAGAGAAGUUGAUGGACAAGUUUUGGGUGUUCGACGUGGGACAUCGCAAUACUGGUAUACCAAUUAAACGACGGUGCGAGACACUGAUGGAAAGAAUGGGAUUCUCGUCGCCUGAGCAAUACCAAAUAGGAUCUACGUGUAUAUACUUUCGGUAUGGAAUUUUGGAAGAGAUGGAAGACAAAAAGUCGGCAGGGUUGGAACUCCAAGCUCGACACUUGCAGCACUUUAUGCGUGGAUUUUGUUGCAGGCUUCGCUUCCUUAGGAAGUUGCAAGCGAUUCUCAAACUGCAGUCAGUUGCUCGUUGCGUGGUCAUGAUGAAUCGGUACCAGUCAUUCAAGAGUGCUGUGAUCUCUCUCCAGGCGCAUUGGCGUGGAUACAAAGGUCGUCGAAUUGCGCUUGAAGCGAGGGAGAACAAGAGCGCGAUUACAAUCCAGAAGUAUGCUCGCCGCUUUGUCAAACGCGAACAGUUUAAGGGUGAAAGAAAAGGUGCUGUAAAGAUUCAAGCGUUUUUGCGCAUGAAGUAUGAGCGGCCAAAGUACAUGAAGGCACUUCAGGAAAAGAAGCAGCAAGAUGACAUGGAGUUCCAGUUGAGCAAGCUGCAGGAGCGUCUUCACGACGAACAGCGACGAAAUGCUGAUUUGAAGAAGGAUAAUUUGUCUUUGUCGUCCAACGAUAGCCCUCUGUAUACAAACACGAACGGAGCACGCUCUCGCGGGCAAUCAACUGCCCACAUGUGGAUGGCUGAUGCCGACGACAUCAUCAGCCAGCUGAACGAAAAGGCUGGGCGUUUACGCAAAGAGAACGAAGAACAACGUGCCUCAAAUGUGCAGUUGAAAAGGAAGGUUGAGAAAUUGAAGUUCGACCAAACGGUUCUCACCGCGAACUUUCAAGUCAAAAUCCGAGGUUUCCAAGACACGAUUCGAGAAAAGGACAAGAAAUUAGAAGCUGUGAAACGCGAGUGCGUAAAACUUCGCGAGAUCAUUGGCGCCGAUCCUACUUUGUCUAGUCACAAGUCGACACAGAAGGAUCGUCGCUCCGUGUUCCGGAAGUUGGGGUCGAAGAAAGAGUGUGAUGACGUCAGCUACGAUAUCGGUGAUUCAAGCCAACCAUCGACGGCUAUGCAAGCAACACUCACCCAAAAGUCAGCUGAAACUGCAAAGUUCCUCCAUCAGUCUGCACGUCGAAUGGCUUCGUGGCGUAAGAACAGUGGUGCUGACAGUGAUGGUGAGAACCGUUUUUCUGGUAGUGACAUGGCAGAAAUUGGCGGUCGUGCAUCACUUCUGCAAGAGUUCGGCGCAGCUGGUGCUGGUGCAAUGGAGUCGUUGAAGAGCAGACUCGCGGCUGUGAAAGACAAGUACUACGGAGAGGAAGAGUUGCCUACAACUUCGCGUCCGAGUGAUCAUCUUUCUUCAGCUAGUGAGUCGUGCAACUUAGACUCGUUGCCACUUCCUCCUGGCUGGAAAGCGCGUUUGUCUCGCUCGAAGGGAAAGGUGUACUACUGCAAUCCGACCUUGUCCAUUACACAAUGGGACCAUCCAUCGAUCGACACGAGUCGAGCAAAGAAGCAGGGGGUUGCAGCUGCACAGCGCGCGAGACGUGGGGCAUCUCUACUUCGUUAUUCAACAGAUGGCAUGCCGACGAUGGAAGGCCACAUCUAG